GUUGUUUGUUUGUUUUUGGUGACAGGGUCUUCCUAGGUUGCCCAGGCUGGCCUUGAACUUGUGAUCCUCUUGCUUCAGGCUCCUAAGUAGCUGAAUCCCAGCAUAAUCCAUAGAGAUGCACCACCAUGCUAAGCCUGUAUAGGAGACAUAUCUUUAUGUCUUUUUCAUAUUGUACAUUGACACUGACAUUUUAUGUCAACAUUUAAAAGUUCUUAUUUUUAUGUAUUACAACAACAAAGGAAAUGUAAAAUGGGACUUGUAUUUGGCUUUUUCUAUGUGAUACAGAAAUGUGGAGCGAAUGGGAUAAAAUUCAGUUGGUAAAUUGAUUAAUGAAUCGUGACCCCUUCAUGCCUUAUCUUACCAGUAAGCAUUUGAAGUUGUCUCAGAACCUCAGUGGAGUUCUUCUCCCCUUAACAUUCAAAAAUGCUGCAAACAAAUGAUAGUAAUAAUAGGAAAAGGUGGUAAUGAUAACAAAAAUGUAUUCAUUUGUUUACUGUAUUCAAGGUAACAUUUUAAGCAUUCUUCAUGUCUUAGGUAAUUGAAUCUUUACAACAUGCAUAUGAGGUAGGAAGGAAAGGUUAUCCCCAUUUUAGAGAAGAAGGUAUGUUAAGUCACCUUUUGUUACUGUAAUAAGUACUGAGAAAAUCAACUUAUAAAGAGAAUAGUUUUUUGCUGCAUAUUUUUUAGAGGUUUCAGUCCAUGAUUGAUUGGCCCUGUUACUUUGGGCCUAUGACAAGGGACCACAUCAUGGUGGUAGUGAGUGGGAAAGCAAAACCACUCACCUCAUGGCUCAGAAGUAAAAGAGAAAGGAAAGAACCAGGGUUCCUUAAUCCAUUUCAAGGCCGUAUCCCCAAUAACUUGAAGACCUCCUGCUUGGCCCCACCUCUUAAGGUUACAUCACUUCUAACAGCACCUUUCUGGGGAUCAAGGCUUUGACAUGAACUUUGGGGAGACCUUGAAGAUCUAGCUAUAGCAAAAGAAAAGAGGUCCAGGAAGCUUAGGUGAUUUGCUCAAGGGCACUCAAUUUGGUAAGUAUUGGAAUGAAUAUACAACCUGGGUAGUUUGACUCUGGGGGCUGUGUUAUUUAUUCUUUAUGACUUGCUUCCUAGAUAAUUCUGACACAUUAAGUUUCAACAAUUUUGGAUAAUUUUUUUGAAAUUUCAAAACUACUAAUGAUGUGAGUAUUGUGGGUGUAGGUAUUUAGUUACAUGUGCUAUGUUUAUAACAAUUUUUUUUUUAAUUACAAAAAGAGAAGUCCCUUCUUGACUCUUCUAGUUAAUUCUUGCCCCCAGGGGUGACUGAUGGUUUGAUAGAUUUCCUUCCUAAGUUUGAUUUGUUUUGUCAUCUAUAUUUAUACAAAACUCUUUCUCUUUUAUUUCUUCUCACUUUUAACAUAUUUUUUUGGGGGGGGGUCUUAGUUUUGUUUCAUUUGUUAAAAGGUUAAUUAUAUAGGUUAAUGAUUUUUUGAUUGUUAGAAAUAACACUAUAAUGACAGUUAUAUAACAUGUAACUUUAUAUAUGUAUGCUACUAUUUAUAUUUAGGUAGAUUCCUAGAAGAGGGAUUGCUGAUAGUUAAUAGCAUACCAACAUUUUUAGUUUGACAUGGCAAAUUCCCCUAUAAUAGCAUUUCAUCAAUUGUGCAUUCAUAAAGAGGAAAUGAGAGGGCUGGGGUUGUGGCUCAGUGGUAGAGUGCCUGACUAGCAUGUGUGAGGCAUUGGGUUCGAGUCUCAGCACCACAUAUAAACAAAUAAAUAAAUAAAGGUCCAUCAAUAUCUAAUAAGUAUAUUUAAAAAAAAUAGGAUAUGAGAAAAAUAAUAAUCUUUAUGAAUGGUUUAUGAGUUAGUAAGAUUCAAACUUUUAUGUAAAAGUUAAACAUUAAAUAGGGAGGGAAGAUGAUGAGAACAUUAUUAAAAUAUCAUUUUUAAAUACGAACAUCUACUAGUGUUUUAAUCUAAAUGAUUCUACUUGGAAUAUAGUUAGGUCCAUAACUAUUCAACUUCUUUAUGAUGCUUUGGAAACAUCAUUCUUCAUAGAGAUACUGAAUGCAUUGCUUUUGUUGUUGGAAUUAAGUAGCAUUUUUCACUUUAUGUUUGUUAUAGUUAUUUAAUUUAUUCAUCUUUUUUUUCUGAAAAAUAACCUUUCCAAUACAGAAAAAGCAAAAUUUUAAAGGUUGAUAAACAGAAUAUUCAUAUUGGCUUUUUAAAAUGUCAAGGAAAGAUCUGGGCAUUACCUUGUAUGUUUGUUUUUUUUUUAUAGUGGUGGGGUAUCAAACAAAUGAUAAAAGCAAAUUUGGUACACUUUGAGAAUACUUACAAAACCAACACUUUUUUUUUUUUAUAAUUUAAGGUUCUAAAUUCUAGGAAUAAUUUGAUUGAUAACUACCACUGUGCUAGAGAUACACCCAGCCUAAGGAACUAGACCAUUCUUUAGUAGUUCCUAGAGAAGGCGUAUAUUUAAGAUUCAUGAGGGCCUUUCAGUAUUUUUAUUUUCCCUUCUGAGAACUUGUCUUCUUUCACUUUAAAGGAAGUUUAAAUAAUUUCGGAGGCCACUGAGUUCUUUUUGAGAGUUUCAGUUCUCUGAUGGUACUCCAUGUGAUCUUCUACUACUGCCCUAGACACUUCCUUUUCUCUCCUGCUUUUAAAAUUUUUUCUGCUAAUGAACUUGGUGUUACUCUGGAAUCUUUCUCCAAUAUUUUAAGGUAUUUAAACUCUAGCACUGAUUUUACUUCUCCUAGGCUCAUUUCUUUCAUUUACAAAAUACUUAAGAUAGAUGUUCUGCAAAGUUCAUUUUAGUCUGUAAGUCCUAUCCAAAAGGUUUAGUUGUUACAGCCCCAAAGGACAGAACUGAAUGUAAAUUGCCCUUAAAGGCAAAUAUUGCUGCAAGUUCACUUCUCUUUUUUUCCCACUUGGUUAAAGUGGUAGGUGCCCAAGAUACUACAGUUAGUAAAUAGUGUAUUUUCUAUUUGGGUCUAUGUAUUGCACAGUACCCUGAAGGACAAGCAUGUAAACAGAUAUGUUGCAAUGUGGAAUGGCAAGUCAUUUUGAUAGGAAUCUGGAUAAAAUGUUGUGUUACUCUCCUAGAGGAGUGAGUAGUUCAAGGCUGUAGAGAGGAGAGGCCUCAAAAUUGCUCUUGAAUGUUAGCUUCAUAAGGACAGGGCCUUUUGUUUCACUUCCCUCCAUAUUCCUGUCUCAGAAAUGAUGUCUGGCUAAUGGCCCAGAAACAAUGGAGUCAAGUAACUGGACUUAAACCUCUGAAAUUUGACACUGGUACUGUAGCUCCAGAAAAAUGCUUGUUUGGGGCAAUGUUAAAUAUUGCUUCAGUUUUAUGCAUUGCCACCAUUUAUGUUCGUUAUAAGCAAGUUCAUGCCCUGAGUCCUGAAGAGAACCUUAUCAUCAAAUUAAACAAGGCUGGCCUUGUACUUGGAAUACUGAGUUGUUUAGGACUUUCUCUUGUGGCAAAUUUCCAGAAAACAACACUUUUUUUUGCACAUGUAAGUGGAGCUGUGCUCACCUUUGGUAUGGGCUCAUUAUAUAUGUUUGUUCAGACCAUCCUUUCCUACCAAAUGCAGCCCAAAAUUCAUGGCAAACAAGUCUUCUGGAUCAGACUACUGUUGGUUAUCUGGUGUGGAGUAAGUGCAUUUAGCAUGCUGACUUGCUCAUCAAUUUUAUACAGUGGGGAUUUUGGCACUGAUUUAGUACAGAAACUCCACUGGAACCCUGAGGACAAAGGAUAUGUGCUUCAUAUGGUUACUACUGCAGCAGAAUGGUCUAUGUCAUUUUCCUUCUUUGGUUUUUUUCUGACUUACAUUCGUGAUUUUCAGAAAAUUUCUUUACGGGUGGAAACCAAUUUACAUGGAUUAACCCUCUAUGAUACUGCUCCUUGCCCUGUUAUUGAUGAACGAACACGACUACUUUCCAGAGAUUUUUAAUGAAAGUAUAAAAUAUUUCUGUACUGAUUAUGAUUCUCAGGGAUGGAGAAAAGGUUCAGAAAAGUAACUUACUACCCUCUGAAAUUUUCAACCAAUUAAUCAAGACUGACAGUGACAUUGAUGAAUCCUGAUAAUCAGGAGACAUGAAAUAAGCCAUUUGAUAAAUCAUUUUAAGGAUAUAAUCAAGAGGACUAUUUAAAAACAUUUAUACCUAUACUUUUUUAUCCCAGGAAAUAAAAUCAAAGGACAAUA